UCUAGAUUAAUUUCUAAUUAAAUUAUAUGUAAUGCGUUUUAAUUGUUUUUUUAGCAGACAUAGCUGAAACUAAAGAAAUUGCUGAAGUGCCAUCAUCUCAGAUACAAAGACCUGCAGAUUUGCCAUCCAGUGAACGCAUAUCUGUUUGUCAAGCCUUAUAUGACUAUGAAGCAACCUGUGAUGAAGAGUUAAGCUUCUUUGAAGGGCAGGUAAUAAAAAUUUUACGUAAAAAAGUAUGCGAUGUAGAUGAUGGCUGGUGGGAAGGCGAACUUGAUGGGAAAAUAGGACUUUUUCCAUCAUUAGUCGUGGAAGAAUUAAAGGAAAAUGGUGAACCUCUCACACCUAUGUCACCUGAGUCUCCUCCUGAAGCUCCUCCACCUCCACCAUAUUCUCCACCUGAAGCCCAGUUCAUCAUUACUCCUGCUCAGGUCAUCCUUACUCAACCUACACCUGAAAUAGAAAAUCCUGAUGAAAGUGGACCAAAAGCUCCAGAUGAUACUGGAAAAUAUGCACCUCUUGUGUCUAGUCCUGAGAGCCCAACAAAGACUAUGGCUGCAGGCAUAAAAGAUUCUGCCUUAGAAAAUAUUGCUGAAGAGAUUUGCUGUGAACCUGCGAUUCCUACAAAAGCUUCUGAAGAAUGUCCGACAGUUGUUGUAACAUCAAUAACAGGAGGUGAUACUCCAACAUCUGAUGAUGAUUUAGAAAUUAAAGAAAAAGAAGAACCUGCAGCUAAAGAAAGCAGUGAUAAUGGGACCACAUAUCAAAGUUCGGAAGUGUUUGAAUGUACCUUUCCAAAAGAUGAAGAUGAUGUUACUUGCAAAGAAGUGCCAAGUAGUUCUAGCAAUGUUAGUAGUACAACAGAAGCUAAAAAAGUCAAUAUACCCGAAGUAGAACCUGAACCAGUUAAAAUGGAAGUAAAUGGUGCUGAUAUGAAGAGCUUCAAUGGUACCAUUCAUUCUGAAACAACUGGUUAAAAUAGGUAGAUUUUAUAAAAUAUGUUUUUUGGUGUAAGCUAUUGUAGAGUAAGAAAAGAAAAAAAGAAAAAAAAAAGUUGAAUUCAAGUUGUUUAACAUUUUUAUCUAAGUUUUGCUAAAAGUCAAAUUAUUAAUACAGUAUAUUUGUAUUAUCUAUAUUUGUGUGUGAAUCAAAUUAUUUGCAAAUGUUUCUGACCACUUUAUUAAAAAAGUAUCUUUUUAAAUUCCUUGUUACAAUUCAUUGUUAAAUUUAUGUUAAUAUUUAGAGGGCAGUAAUCUUUUUUUUUUUUUUUUUUAAAUUUUAUUCAGAUGAUUUAAAAUAAUUUGAUGUUCAAGAGGAAAAUUAUUUUUCCUUUAAAAAAGAGGUGAAACUCUAAUAAAGAAAAUAAUGUGUUUAAGAAUCACGCGUACUCUUACAUUAUUGAAAUCAGGUGAUGCAUUAUUAUUAUUAUUAUUAUUAUUAUUACCAUCACUAUCACUGAAUGAGCACAGUUUUUAUUUGUGGUUAUUAGCUUGGAUGUAAGAGGACCUCCUGCAUGAGAUAAUGAAUUUUAUAUUGUUUAUGACAAAAGAAACAUGCCUACAAGUAUGACUGUUUCACAUGUAAGAGACAAAUGUUUUGUUGGUGUUUUACUAGAAAAGUAGUAGUCUAAAUACUGUACCACCCUAAAAAUAUAAAUAAAUAAAUUUAUUUUUAAUGUAAAAGUCACAGAAUUACACUAAAAUUAUUGUCUGUAUUUUGAAAAUCUUUUAAUUGUAUUUUUAAUUGUAAUGUAUUUUAAGUGUUAGGGAAUGAAUAUGUGUGUAUGAAGAUGUAUAAGAACGUAAAAUAAGAUGAAUAUGUGUUUUAAAUGUUGUUUUAAGCAAAGAACUUUUUCUCAUAUUUGAGAUGUUUAAUUUUAUUUCUGGCAUUAUUUUUAAUAAAAGUUAAAAGUUUAUAACCUUAGACAAAAAUUUCAAAAUUAUUAGAUGCGUAAGAGUUAAAUUGAUUCUGAAAACUGGUAUGAAAUAAUACUAAUUGCACUGAGGAACAAAUUUAAACUUUUUUAUUUAAUUAAAUUUUUUUUAUUAUUUUCCUUCUUGCAUGAAAUUUUAUGUAUUGAUAUUUAAUUUUGCAUAUAUUAAAACUGCUUUGUUACAACUUCAAAAAUACA